AGUCUUCUGGUGACCAUCGGAAUCUGGGCGUAGAGAGAGUCCAGUUUUCUGCGUGAACUAUAACACAGCUAAGAGGUGGAGCAGAGCUGCUGGGGCUCGGCCAACAAGUCAACGCUUACACAACGAACUUCAGGACGGGUUUGAGCUACAAGCAGCAUUAUGGUGCUGACAAAACAUUCAAGAAUUACACUGAAUGAUGGGCACAAGAUACCGGUGGUCGGACUGGGCACCUAUGCUCCUCAAGAGUUUCCCAAGUCUCUGGCAGAAGAGGCUGUGAAAGUUGCUCUUGAGGUCGGGUAUCGACACAUUGACUCUGCAUUCAUAUACGGCAAUGAGGUUGAGGUCGGCCGAGCUAUCAAUGCGAAGAUCGCGGACGGGACGGUCAAGAGAGAGGAAGUGUUCUAUACUAGUAAGCUGUGGAGCACCUUUCACUCCCCGAAGUUGGUCCGUCCGGCCCUUGAGAGGUCUUUAAGAGAUCUAAAGCUGGAUUACGUGGAUCUCUUUCUCAUUCACACUCCCGUGGAGUUCAAGCCUGGUGAUGAUCUACAGCCAACAGAUGAAAACGGAAAACUGAUCUUUCACAAUACUGAUAUUCGAGAUACAUGGAAGGCUAUGGAGGAUUGUAAAGAAGCCGGGCUGGUGAAAUCUAUUGGCCUCUCCAACUUCAACCACAAACAAAUCGAGCUCAUCCUCAACAUGCCGGGACUGAGAUACAAACCUGUGUGCAACCAGGUGGAGUGUCACCUUUACUUGAAUCAGUCAAAGCUGCUGGAGUUCUGCAAGUCACACGACAUAGUCCUGGAGGCGUAUGGGGUGUUGGGCUCCACUCGUGAUGUGAACUGGAUUGACCAGAAUGCUCCAAUCCUGCUGGAGGACCCUGUGCUCAAUGCAAUUGCAAAAAAACAUGGCCGAACUCCUGCCCAAGUGGCAAUGAGACACAUGCUGCAGAGGGGGAUAGUGGUUCUUGCUAAGAGUUUCAAGGCUGAGAGGAUCAAGGAGAACCUUCAGGUUUUUGAAUUCGAGUUGAGUGAAGAAGAAAUAAAAACCCUGAAUGGAUUGAACCAAAACAUACGCUACGUUGUUGUCUCUAAAUGGAAAGAUCACCCGAAGUUUCCAUUCCAUGAAGAAUAUUAAAUGUAUCCAUUUUGCUGCGCCAAAACCAUUAUGACGAUAUCUGGCCUCUAUAUAUGAAUUAUGGAAAAGUUUAUACAUUUUUACUUUUGCGCAAAUGCCAGGAAGAACUUCAGAUCUUGGUCUAUUUCCGUCAUAAAUAAAUUUGCAGCUUGGGAAGGAGAUUUGUAAAAAUCGGUUCUGUAUUCCGCUAUGAAUUUACCAGAGAACGUCCGCGGGUUAAAUCUACAGCAAUUCUGCCUCCUGUGAACUUAUCCGGAAUGUGUCCCUGUUAUUUAGAAACAUUUUCAAUGCAUCAGACAAAUAAGUGAAAACAUUUUUAGUGCUUGAACUUUGGCUGCUCAGACCCUGACUGAUCUUUCAAGAUCGCUGGAGCGCUUCACUUCCCACAAUCUCCUUCUAGCUGCACUGGAAGGGCCGAUCUACUGCUGCUGGACAGAGAUGGUGGCCAAUUGGGGAAUGAAAUGAUAUCUAGAGAUUACUUGGGGUCUGAACACUCCCAAGCGACCAACAUUUUUGACAUGUCUGCUUGACUCGUGAAGUGUUUUUCUAAAAAAAACAGGGACAUUUUAAAGGGGAAACUCUGAUGGAAAAAAACUUUUUCAAAUCAACUGGUGCAAGAAAGUAAAAGGGGUACUCCGGUGAAAAACUUUUUUUUUUACAGAUUUGUAAAUUACUUCUAUUAAAAAAUCUUAAUCCUUCCUGUACUUAUUAGCUGCUGAAUACUACAGUGGAAAUUAUUUUCCGUUUGGAACGCAGAGCUCUCUGCUGACAUCACGAGCACAGUGCUCUCUGGUGACAUCUCUGUCCAUUUUAAGAACUGUCCAGAGUAGGAGAAAAUCCCCAUAGCAAACAUAUGCUGCUCUGGCAGUUCCUAAAAUGGACAGAGAUGUCAGCAGAGAGCACUGUGCUCGUGAUGUCAGCAGACAGCUCUGUGUUUCAAAAAGAAAAGAAUUUCCGCUGUAGUAUUCAGCAGCUAAUACGUACAGGAAGGAUUAGAAGUAAUUUACAAAUCUGUUUAACUUUCUGGCACCAGUUGAUUUAAAAAAAAAAAAAAGUUUUUCACCGGAGUACCCCUUUAAACAGAUUUGUAAAUUACUUCUAUUUAAAAAUCUUAACCCUUCCACUACUUAUCAGCUGCUGUAUACUACAAAUAUACUACAGAAAAUCUUGUGAAGUUCUUUUCAGUCUGACACAACAGUGUUCUCUGCUGACCCCUCUGUCCAUGUCAGGAACUGUCCAGAGCAGGAGAGGUUUGCUAUGGGAAUAUGCUUCUAAUCUGGACAGUUCCUGACAUGGACAGAGGUGUCAGCAGAGAGCACUGUUGUGUCAGACUGAAAAGAACUUCACAAGAUUCUCUGUAGUAUAUUUGUAGUAUACAGCAGCUGAUAAGAACUGGAAGGCUUCAGAUUUUGAAAUAGAAGUAAUUUACAAAUCUGUUUAACUUUCUGGCACCAGUUGUUUUAAAAACAUUUUUUUCCACUUGUUUCCACCGGAGUUCCCCUGUAAACAGAUAGGUUACCCCAGAUUUUGUGCAUUAAGGAAAAGAUGACCCUUUGAAGACCAGACUUUGGUUGUCAACUGCCAGCACAAGAUUACAAUAAACCACAAUGUUACAUUACUAACUGCAUCAUUAAAGGGGUACUCCGGCCCUAAGACAUCUUAUCCCCUAUCCAAACACAGGGGCGGAGUGGUAACAUCACAAUACUCCAGCCCCAUGGUCACAACUCUUAACACUUGGUGGAGCCUCCAGCGCUGCAGAGCGCUCACAAAGGUGGGUGCGGAAUGAGAGAUGGAAGGGGUCCCCAGUGGCAGAACCCCCAUGAUCAGACAUCUUAUUCUUAGGACCGGAGUACCCCUUUGAGUUACCACCCAGGACUUGAAACCACACCAAGGUCUCCCAUACCAAGACUAUUCUGUACCACUAGCUUCCCUUGUGCUACAGCAUCCCCAUAGAUCACUAUGGCCUAUUGAUUUAAAUGGGAACAUUUCCAAGUGUUAUAUAGUGUUGAGCGGCAUAGGCCAUAUUCGAAUUCGCGAAUAUUCGCGAAUAUAUGGACGAAUAUUCGUCAUAUAUUCGCGGAUAUUCGCAUAUUCGUUAUAUUCUCGUUUUAUUUUCGCAUAUGCGAAAAUUCACGUAUGCAAAAAGUAGUAUAUGUGAAAAUGCGUAUAUGCGAUAAUUAGCAUAUGCGAAUAUUCGCAUAUGCGAAUUUUCGCACGCCAGUCUCACACAGUAGUAUUAGAGCCUUCUUUACACCACACAAGCUGGAAGCAGAGAGGGGUGAUCACUGUGAUGUGUACUGUGAAGAAAAAAACAAAAAAAAAAAACGAAUAUUCGUAAUUACGAAUAUAUAGUGGUAUAUUCGCGAAAUUCGCGAAUUCGCGAAUAUGCGAUAUUCGCGAAUAAUAUACGAAUUGCGAAUAUUCGCGAGCAACACUAGUGUUAUAGAUAAAUCCCCAUUUUCUGCUUUGUGAUCCAAUGUCACCUGUAUUCACCUAGAUAACGGCACUAUCUCUGCCAUCUCUGUCUUUUUUCCAUAUAUUUUCAAGAUUACAAUAAACAUAGAUAUCCUACUCUUA